AUGCAUAAACACUCCGAAAGUCUUGUUCUCGGCGUAAAUUUUUGUACAUUUCUGUGGCUGCUGGUACUGCAAUCAUCAUCAUCGCCGAAUUUCGUUCUUUCCUCCACAAGUAUUUCGAAUUUGAACAUUCCCAUCAAAUUUUUCAAAUGUCCACUCUACACACUCGGAACCAAUCAUACCAUCUAUAAAAGUUUCAAUUAUUUACAUCCGAAUUAUAUAUUAAAUGAAACACUAAUAGCAGAGUGUGCGAAAAUUAAAUUGGCAUUGGAUCCUUCACAGCCAUGGCCUCCAUCGAGUAGUAUUGAAGUGUUUGUGAAACGAUUGAGAUUGAAUUCGGAAAGUUCUUUCGAAAAAUUUGGAAAAAACAACCAUGUGAAAAGUGACACAGAAAAUUUAAAAGAACAAGUAGCAUUGAACUCACUUUGGAUUUUACCAGGCGUCUCUCCGACCUAUUCUGUGAAUUAUAACCAUGAACAAUCAAAUAUUUCCAAAAAUUCGUAUUUUUUAGACUCCUUGUCACCAGCAACUGCAAGUGUUGUGUUUUUUGAGCCAUUGUUGGAUCGUUUGUCAACUUUGAUGAAAAACCAACAGCUUCCUUUUCAAUAUAUUUACACACUAGAUCAUCGUGGAGUGGGAGAAAGUCAGAGAUUGAGUUGUGUGGCGUCACAAGCAGAAACAAAUGGUUCCAUCUCUGGAAAUUUCAUUGACAUUUACAACGAAUUGAAGCAUUGUAUUGAAAUCAAAUCAGAUUCAAAUCGUUUAUUCUCAUCCGUCAAUGCUGCCAUUGAUGUCCUUUCUCUCAUGAAAAUGCUGCAUUCCAGCAAUGAAGGAAUUUUUCUGUAUGGAAAUUCGUAUGGAACUGUUUGGUUGAGUCGAUUCAUGAGAUAUAUCGAAUUGAAUCAAGUCGUAGAUUUAAACAUUCGUGGUGUGGUGAUGGAUGGUGUCAUGGCAACUGUGGAUUCUUCCUCAUCAUUGAUGAAACGUUUCACAUUUGAUCAAACCAUGCGCUAUCAAAAUCAGGCACUUGCGGGUUAUUUGAAAUUUUGUGACAUGCCAACAAGCAAUCAAACAAAUGUGAAGAAAAAUACCUGUCAAGAAAAAUUGCAACAAUUUUAUGAUCAAACGGGACACACUAGUGCCAUUUCUCUCCUCCAAAACACCAUUCAGUUAAUUUAUCAAAAUGGAACUCUGUGCUCACCAAUGCUCGAUAUUAUUGACAGUGAAGAUUAUUUCAGACAAUUACUCACUCGAAUGUUGUCCAAUGAAUAUGAGAGAGUGUUAAUUCCAGCAAUAUUAUACAGAUUGAAUCGAUGUGACAUGGACUUGGAUAUUCCGACUCUUCAAAGAAUUUUCUCAUUCAUGAUUGAAAGAAGAGAACAAAAUAAGAAUGCCUAUAUGGACUAUCCACUUUCACAAUCUCCAUUAUUAGGUUACAAUAUUAUUUAUUCUGAAAUGUGGACAAAAAAUAUAACACUUGAUCAAAUGGAGAUGCUCUACAAUCAAUCGAUUGGAACCACUCGAGAUGCUCUCUCUUACAAGACAGCCCUUGAUCUCUCAAAUUGGAAAACCUAUGAUUUAGAUCCUCAAUAUGAUAAUGUUGCAUUUUCGACCAAUGUUCCAGUAUUAAUGUUGAAUGGUGAAUUGGAUCCAUUAACACCUCUGGAUGGAGCUCGUACUCAAUUUUCACACAUCAAAGGUAAUUCUGUGAAAUUUAUUGAAAUUCCAUUUGGAGCUCAUUUCUCAUUGUUCAACACUCCCAUUCAAAAUUCAACGGUCGAUUGUGGAUUACAAAUUCUCAUGAACUUUCUUUCGCAUGCAAACAUUUCUCAACUGAAUUUACAAUGCCUUCAAGAAUUGAGUUUUAAUUUCACAGGUUCACCUGUUGUGAAUUUACAAUUCGCUGGAGUUUUGGACAUUUAUGAAGACAUGUAUGAAGCUCCAGAACAACCUCUUGUGUUUGGCAUGUAUUUAAUGAUUGGAAUUGUUUUGGCAACUGUUUUAGUUGCAUUGUGUGCGAUUGUAUUGCUUUCUUAUGCCUUAAUUGAUUUAAAGAUUCGAAUGAAAAAACAAUUGGCCUAUCUUCGAAUUCAAUAA